AUGUCGUCCUUUUGCCUUCCAGAAAAUUUUUUGAAGGAGAUAAUAGUUUGUGCUCAGAUUUUCUCUGGUGUUCCGGAGUUGAACGCUAGUAAAGCAAAAAUUUCUCGAGAUGUGGUCACGCCAAAGAUAGAAGAAGGGGGUCUGGAUCUAAGGCCAUUGAAAGAAGUUAACAUUACUUGUUGUCUGAAGCUAAUAUGGAGAGUCACAUCUUCUCAUUUUCUUUGGGCUCGGUGGGUUACAGAGUACUUGCUCAAGGGAGAGACGUUUUGGGCAGUACGUUCAAACUCAACAUUGGGAAUAUGGGUGUGGCGUAAAAUUUUGAAGUUUCGAGAUAAAUCGAAGGACUUCCAUCGCAUUGAAGUUAAGAAUGGGUGUGGCACCUCAUUUUGGUUUGAUGCAUGGUCAGAUAUGGAUAGCUUAUUUGAUAUUGUGGGAGCAAGGGGUUGUAUCGACAUGGGAAUCUCUCUGACCGUGACGGUGGAAUCUGUUAUGUCACGACUCCCUCGACGGCAUAGAUACGAUCUCUACAUUAUGUUUGAGGAAGCACUGAAUAAGCAUAGAUGUAAGAUGAGUACAUGA